AUGUCCCUCACUCUGCACAAUGCCCCCGAUGAAUCUCAAGACUGGCUGCUCUCAGGCGGCCACGAAGGUGCCGUGCUCGCGUGCGCGUUCGCCAACGCGGGCUCCACCGCCGUGUCGGGCGGGCUCGACGCGCGCUUGUGCAUCUGGGAUCUCGCCGCCGGCACCAACUACGUCGUCGAGCACCCGGGUCGCGCACGUGCGGCCAUCACAUCGCUUCAACCGCUGGACAAGUCGUGCGUCGCGGCGUUCUCGGAUGCGCAUCUCGCGCUCGUCGACCUGGAAACAGGUAUCACCCUCAGACGCUACACGGGCCACACGCGGGUCGUGAACCAGGUACGGCGUGCUGGCACGCGCCACCAGAUCGCUUCUGUUGGCGAUGACGGCCAACUUCUGCUCUGGGACGCAGCCACCAAGAAACCCGUCUGGAGCACCUCCACGCAAUUCCCUCUCAUGACACUCGCAGCUGCUGACGAUCACCUCGUGUAUGCCACGGGGCUCGAGCCCACUAUCCACGUAUUUGAUCUCCGGAAUAUCUCCAAAGAGCUGUUCAAUUGGCCCACAAUGCACGACGACUCCAUAUGCUCCAUCGACGUUUCGCCGAACGGGAAGCUGUGCUCCCUCGGGUUCGAUGGCCAAUUGCAAUUCUACGACGCAGCUACCGGUUCCUCUCGUAAAUCCAGAUAUUUAAACCAAUGCCCCACCCCGAAUGCUCCUCCCAAUGAUGACCGUUAUCUCGUAAGAUGUAAGUUUAUCCAUGGCGACAGGUACGCAAUUACCGAAGGUGCAGUUUACGACGUAACGUCGCAAGUUAAACUCGCAGACCACCACACUGCACCCGUCAUUGACAUGGAUUACCACGGGAAAUCAAACUCGUUAUUGAUGUGCGCUAAUGAUGGAUCGCUCCGCGUAACGCAAUUAUAG